GCCCGGACAUCACGGAAUACUGUAUAUACAGGGCGAGCAUGUUUAUAUCUUUGUAACAGUCCGUUUAAUACUAUUUCGACCAUACUUUGAUUUUGGUAAGGUUGUAGAUCACAUCCUGUAUUAUUUAGGUAAGAUAUGACAAUGUAUAUGCUCUGAGAAGAAGGCGCAUCAUACCUAAACGCCGGUUGAUGAAGAAAUACAGUCGUUGAGACCUGAAGGUCCAUCAGAAGCUGGCUGGCAAGUGGAGGAGCGGCAGACAUGGCCGAUGCUGAGGAUGAGAGCAGCAGCAGCAGCCUGAGGAGGAAAAAACCACCCUGGCUCAGAGUGGACAUCCCCAGCGCUUUGAACGCUACGGAAGAACACAAUAACUUUCUGCAGCCCGUCAUGCGUAAUAGCUUGUAUCUGCGCAGUGCCAGUGUACCCACCGAGAACAUCCAGCUCAGAUGCCCGCCAGUCGACCCCAAUGCCUACCGAAGACCCUCGGUCCUGCGCAAAUCCUCCAUCUCUCAAACCAUCAAGAGCCCCACAGGGAAGAGGGUUCGCUUUGAGCAGAUCAGCACCAUACUGGUUAAAGGCCAGUGUUUCUCACAGCUCGAGCCCCCCAGACGUCAGUCACUGCCCCAAAUUGUCCUCAGGGGCACAGCAGACUGGUUUGGGGUCAGCAAUGACGUGGAUGCCACACAGAAAUGGCAGCGCAAGAGCCUGCGGCACUGCACCCAGCGUUACGGCAAGCUCAAGCCGCAGGUGAUCCGUGAAAUGGACCUUUCCAGUCAAGACAAUCUCUCCAUCACCAGUACAGAGACCCCUCCUCCUCUAUACAUCCCAUCCGCUCAACAUGGCAUGCAGAGGAUUGUAGACCCGCUGGCUCGGGGCAGAGCGUUCCGUAACAUAGAGGAAGUGGACGGCCUCAGCGUACCACAGACCCCCAUCACUCCGUGCGCCGCCUCCCUCUGCUCCUUCACCAGCUCCCGUUCCGGCUUCAAUCGACCUCCCCGGAGACGCAAGCGUGAGUCUGUUGCCAAAAUGGGCUUCAGGGCGGCUGCAGCUCUGGUGAAGGGACGCUCUUUGCGGGAAAGUACCUUUAGACAAGUUCACCGGCGAAGCUUUAACGCAGCAAGUUUCUUGGAUGAAGACACUGUGGAUUUUCCAGAUGAACUGGACACCUCAUUCUUUGCCAAGGAUGGUAUUCCUCAUGAAGAGCUGUCCACAUACGCAGAUGAGGUGUUCGAAUUGCCUUCUGAGGCCGUCAUUAAAGAAACUGAUGAAAGCACAUUGGCAGAUGACAGGGAUCUGACAGGAAGUGCCCUAGAUAAGACAGAACUAGAGAGGAGUCAUCUGAUGCUGCCCCUUGAGCGGGGCUGGCGUAAAGAAAAGGAUGGCGCACUGGUUCAGCCUAAAGUACGGUUACGACAGGAAGUGGUCAGCGUUAGCGGGCAGCGACGUGGACAGCGUAUAACCGUGCCUGUUAAAAAACUCUUCGCAAAGGAGAAGCGACCAUACGGGCUGGGCAUGGUGGGCCGGCUGACCAACCGCACCUACCGAAAACGCAUAGACAGUUAUGUGAAGAGACAAAUAGAAGAUAUGAAUGACCACAGGCCUUUCUUCACUUACUGGAUCACCUUUGUUCAUUUGCUGAUUACCAUCUUGGCAGUUUGCAUCUAUGGCAUCGCGCCUGUGGGCUUUUCACAGCACGAGACAGUAGAUUCUGUCUUACGAAAUAAAGGAGUUUACGAAAACGUCAAGUUUGUGCAGCAGGAAAACUUUUGGGUUGGACCAAGCUCGGAGGCGCUCAUUCACCUCGGUGCCAAGUUCUCGCCCUGCAUGCGGCAGGAUCAGGAGGUGCAUGACUUCAUUCAGGAAAAAAAGCAGAGCGAGCGUCACUCUGCGUGCUGUGUCCGCAACGACCAAUCGGGCUGCGUGCAGACCUCGCAGGAGGAGUGCUCAAGUACACUGGCACUAUGGGUAAAAUGGCCUCAGCACCCAAGUGCUCCAUAUCUGGAAGAAAAAGAGCGUCAGUAUGGUUCUGUAUGCCAUCAAGACCCCAGGAUUUGUCUAGAGCCCGCAUCUGUGACUCCUCACGAGUGGCCUGAUGACAUCACCAAGUGGCCAGUGUGCACCAGGUACAGCACAGCGAAUCACACUAACCUGCCACACAUUGACUGUGUCAUCACUGGUAGACCCUGCUGCAUUGGCACCAAAGGAAGGUGUGAGAUCAUAUCAAGAGAGUACUGUAACUUUAUGAAAGGGUACUUCCAUGAGGAGGCCACGCUCUGUUCCCAGGUUCAUUGCAUGGAUGAUGUGUGUGGCCUCUUGCCUUUCCUUAACCCAGAGAUCCCAGACCAGUUCUAUCGGCUGUGGCUCUCUCUCUUCCUGCACGCUGGGAUCCUACACUGUCUGGUUUCUGUGCUCUUCCAAAUGACCAUUCUGAGGGAUUUGGAGAAGCUAGCAGGCUGGCUGAGGAUCUCCAUCAUUUACAUCCUUAGUGGGAUUACGAGCAACCUCGCCAGUGCCAUCUUUCUGCCAUACAGAGCUGAGGUGGGUCCUGCCGGUUCUCAGUUUGGCAUCUUGGCGUGUCUGUUCGUGGAGCUGUUCCAGAGCUGGCCGAUCCUGGCCCGACCGUGGAGAGCCUUCGCCAAGCUCUCAUGCAUAGUGCUCUUCCUCUUUGCUGUCGGCAUGCUUCCCUGGAUCGAUAACUUCGCCCAUAUCUGCGGAUUCAUCUCAGGCUUCUUCCUCUCCUUCGCCUUCCUGCCCUACAUCAGCUUUGGGCGCAUGGACAUGUACCGCAAACGGGUGCAGAUCCUUAUGGCGCUCACGCUUUUCCUGGGCAUCUUCUCCGGCCUCGCCGUGCUCUUCUACGUUUACGCUAUUAAAUGCGAGUGGUGUGAGCUUCUCACAUGCAUUCCGUUGACGGACAAGUUCUGUGAGAAGUACGACCUCAAUGCACACAUCCACUGAUGCCUUGAAGAAUGGAAGGCGUUCGUUUCUUAACUUUUCUUCAACUUACAACUUUUAAAAUAUGUUUUUAUUGUUUUUUAGUUUUUUUAUGUCAUAAAAAAGACCUCCCCAGGAGGGAAGGAUUAUUCCGACAGUGCCUUCUCAGUCUACACCAACUACUGCCAUAUCUUUCAGAUUGGAGCACUUUUAGGUCAAAUCUGUAUGUGUAUGCCUACUUCAUUGUUGUUUAAUCUCGGUAGUGUUUUAGCUACCAGCCCGCUUGUAACACAGAAUACAAUGUGAACAAAUGA